GGAACAGUGAAAUCGAAACAGUACACACGGUUGCUGGUUGCGGCUCCUAAAGUAGGAUUCCAUCCAUCAUAAAAAAAAAAGUGGCAAAAGAAUAAAAAAAAAAAGUAACAUCGAACAAGAAAGCAGUGAGAGAGAGGAGAGAACAAGUCAUUUGGCCCGAGGAGCAGUCUGCAUCGUCUGCCUUACUGUACUCCCAUGCGAGACACAAUCAAAUGGACAACUAUGGGAGAGAAAAAAAAAUGAAAAACGUUUAAAAAAGAUGUUUUGCGUAUAGUGAACUGGCCAUUGUGUCAUUGCCACGACGAGAGCUGAAGAUCGGUGUUGUGUGCGUGAAGUUAGAACUGAAGGAGUGGAAAAAGUGGCAUAACUCAUUUGUGGGAGAAUUGUCAGGAGGAAACUGCCUGGUUCGUGUUGGAUUCUCUCCGUUCUCUCGGUGAUCUCAUUGGAAUUCAUAUAGGAAGCCAUCAGCCAAAAUAGAAAACUCACGUCUAAAGGAAUAAAAAGUGCUCUCAUUAAAAUACUCUGAAAGAAUUAUCAUAAACUCGCGAGACAAUUCUCUCCAUGUAAAACAAAAAAAAGUACAUCUGACAGUAGAGGGUGAUUUUGGGGCAGUUGGAAAGAGUUCCGAGAAAAAUAGAACAGUCAACUAGAUCUGGAAGUGGAUGCUCAGAAUGAAGAUUAUUAUGAUGAUUAUAAUAUGAUGAUUCAUUGAUAAGACGUUUCAAUUAACCUGCAUCAUUAUAGGAACAUGCUAACCAACAGAACCACCCCAUGUACCUCAUUGGACGUUUCAUUUUUCUCACGUUGUCCUGAGAAAAAAAAUAAAUGAAUAAUUGAGGUGGUUAAAUUCCAAGUGCAUUAGUUAGUUGUGUGGGCAAUUGUUCGUAUACUACACAUGGACUUUGCAAUAGGACAGAGCUUUUCCACUAAUAAGGAAUAUCAAGAGACUUAUUCAAUAAAAUCGGAAAAAAUUCCUGUGGCUAUGGUUGUGGCAAGCAGUGGCUGGGUGCAAAAUGCCAAUUUCACGAAUGAAAACGAUAACAACAUGAGUACAGAGAGUGAAACAAACAAGAUGACCGCCAAAGGUAUGCUAAUAUGCCGUGAUAAUUCUCAUGCAUUCGAAGAUAGAACACUUGUGCUCGAUCUGCCAGUUAAAAUAGGUAGAUCAGUGGCACGUACACGUGCAUCACCAGAUAAUGCAAUUUUUGAUUGCAAAGUAUUAUCGCGUAAUCAUGCAUUACUGUGGUACAAUGCUGGAAAAUUUUAUUUGCAAGAUACUCGAAGUAGCAAUGGAACAUUCGUUAAUAAUCAGCGUCUCAGUUCCACUGGUUUACAAUCAAAAGCCACUGAAGUUUCUUCAGGUGAUAUCGUUCAAUUUGGUGUGGAUGUCAUGGAAAGUACGAGGAAAGUCACCCACGGCUGCAUAAUUGCCACCCUCAAACUAUUUCUUCCUGAUGGAAAAGAGGCUAAAGCUUCGAGAACAAUGUAUGGUACCAAUCCAGACGGAGAUGUUACCCUGGAGGAUCUCUAUAAAUUGGAUCAAUAUAUCCGGGCGGCUAGUAGGCGUGAGCAAGUGCUUCAUUCUAAACUAGCAUAUCUUCAGAAGUUGGUGGAAAAUACGAGAAAAGCAGCGACACAGUCAUGGAAGGCUUUAAUUGAUGAGGAUCGACUAUUAACUCACGUGAAAACCAUCGAGAGCCAGCUCCUUGCUUACUCGAAGAAUUUCACCGAGGACAAAAUCAGAACAGAGCUCAUCAAGCUCGAGGAGCAAAAAUCUCAGUAUCAAAUUGCUGCCAAGGAUGCAUUGCAAAAAGUACAUCAGGAAAAAUUAGAAGUCACUCAGAAAUUAAUUGCCCUUGAGAGUCGUCUCAAUGAGACAGAAGAGGAAUGUCAGAGUCUCCACGAAAUAUCAAAACAUGCUCAAAUUGAAUUGCAAGAAUUAGCAUUAAAGUACAGUACAGCUGAGAUGAAUCUCGCACAAUUAGAGGCCAAACUAGUUGAUAAGGAGCAAACAUCAACAGAAAUGGUACUCUCAGCUGCACAAGAAAAACAAGACCUCAUAGAGAAAGUAAUGCGUCAAACAAAAAUUGGUAAUUUUCUUCGGCAAAAGCUCAACGAGAAUCGUUCAGACUCUGUUAAAAUUCACAAAGAAAUAACUAGCCUUCGAAAUUAUAUGCAAACACUCCAGGAUAUGAACUCCAAAUUAUCAGAAGACUCAAAAGACGGGCUGAAUCCAGUGGAAGCUAUUAAUGCAAUACUGGAUACAUUGAACGAGAUGAUUGCUGAUUCGGAAAAUAUUGAUGACCUUGAAAAUUUGGCUGUGAGUGAGGACAAUCAUAAUAAAUUACAGGAAAUUGAUUCUAAUGAAAAAAUAAUCAUCAAUUCCAAGAGUGAUAGCUUUUCUCAGUGUAAUCAUACUCGUGAUCAUAUUCUCCAGACGUUCAUUGCGACACUAGAGUCUUUAAAAGGUGAUGAUGAUUUGGAAGCUCAGCAUGUUGUCAAUUGCGAGUUGAGUGAACUUCGUGACUGGCUGAUUCGAGAGCCAAACGAACAAGUCAUGGAAAAACUCAAAGAGCUUUAUUACCGCAUCAAGAACGAAAACUCGAGGAUGCAGGAGGUCAACGAGGAGCUUGUUAUUCUCAAAGAAAAAUUCAUAGUCUCAAACAUUGAGAAGUCGGAACUGACAAAACAGUUGAAGACAUUCACUACACAUUGUGGUGAUUUAUUGAAUGCGAGCUACAGUGUACCAAUUCAAUAUUUUGCACUUGUUGCCGUUGCCUUCGUUUGGAUGUUACUUGAGAAAAUGUUCUAAUUGACACGACUAUUUAAAUAACCCAUGUAAAUAACGAGUGAAAAAUCGCUGUAAAGGAUGACCAUCUAUCCAGGUUUUAUUGUGGAUCUGAAGAUAGUGAUGAAAUUAGGGUUUCAUCCUUAUUGUUUUUUUCUCUUUACAUAUUUACGUAUAUAUAUAUAUUUAAACAUUAACGAAGGGAAAAUGGGUUCGGAGUUCAAUUGUAAAUUGUAUAUAAUACCCUUGCCGUAUAACGUCGAUUGGGAAAUUAGUAUGAUAAAUAUAUUGAGAGCUUAAGUUUUUAGAAUGUGAAAACGAUAGCGCACUUGAGAGUAGACAAUACGACGGUUUGGAGAAAAAACUCAAUGAACUGCCAAUGUUCAAUCAUAUCUUUAUUAUCCUUCUUACAUGAUGUUAUUUCAGUUGAACAAUAAGGAGCAUUUCAAUGCGACCUAUUUUCUCAUCCAUGAAUGAACCACUGUUGACCACUAAUUAGUUUUCCUUCAUUUUGUAUUAUGAAGUGGUCAAUUGCAUAUGUAUAUUUGUGUUGUUUUGCAAUAUUACAAACCCCAUAUAAAUUUAAUUUUUUAUCCAGUGUUAAUGUUUCAUUAAUGAAUUUCUGAUAAAAUUCAUCCGUUUCUGAGUACGCUUAAGUCAUUAUAAAUCCAUUGAGAAUUACGCUAAAAAAAUUCCCCAAAAACGGUGGAUUCACAAUUUUUUUUUUAUUGUUGAAUGAGACCAUCUGCUACUCUGCCAUUAAAUGAAUAUUUAAAAAUUCACAGAACGUCAUUAUAAUAAAAAUGUUUUUAAUUCUAAAAUUGUUAAUUAUUAUUCAAUGGCCAAUCGGAUAAACUCAACGGCCUAUUGUAUUUCUUUCUUCACUGUUUUUCUAUCGCUUCUUUUUUAUACAAAAAAAAAUCUUAAUCGAAGAAUAUAAAAAUUAAUGAAUUUAAUUAUAAAACAAAUACACGCCAAUAUGAAUAUAUAGAGUCAUGAAUUAUCGUAUUUUCUUAAUAAUCGAUUUGUUUACAUAGUGCCAUUUUUCGAGGUCAAUGUAUUUAUUAACACGUUAUCGUGACACGAA